AGGGUGAAGGGUUUUGGGACAGCUGCGGCAACAUGCUCUGAUGUCACUUACCGGAUGAACCCGCAGCUGAAAUUUUUUCACGUCCAAACAAUCCGGAAGACGAUACAGCAUUAUGAGCAUGACGGAACUGUUGUUGGCGCUGAGACGUGGUUAAGGCUGAAUUAAUAACAUUGUUUUAGGCACGGCAGUGGAGCUUAAUAAUGUUGUUGAAUAGAAAACAAUAAUAGCGGCUUAAGCGAAUGUUUUCACUGUUGUAUGACUUUAAAGUCAGUCCAACCUCGCGUUUUGGAUCCAAAGUCCAUGUUAAAAUAUCGUAGCAGCAGAUCUACAUAUUAAAGUGUUAGCUCAUCGCAGACUGGUUCAUAGUCAUCAUGGGCAAUGGAAUGAAUAAGGUUGUCGAUGGUCUCUACCUUGGGAAUAUAAGAGAUGCAGAAAACAGAGAAAGUCUGUCUAAGAAUGGCAUCACCCAUAUCCUGUCUGUGUACAACAAUGCUAAACCUGUGUUUGAGGACAUGACAUACCUUUGUAUUCAUGCAGCUGAUGCUUCCAGCCAGAACCUAUUACAGCAUUUUAAAGAGUGCAUCAGCUUCAUCCAUGAGUGUCGCCUGAAUGGUGGAUCUUGUCUUGUUCACUGCCUUGCAGGUGUCUCCCGCAGCACUACCAUGGUGGUGGCCUACCUGAUGACUGUCACCCACUACAGCUGGGAUGAAUGUCUGUCUGCAGUCAAGGCUGUUCGCUCCUUUGUCGGCCCCAACUAUGGCUUCCAGCAGCAGCUGCAGGAGUACCAGACGACACAAGUCUCAGAGUACCGAGCAUGGUUGCGGUCCAGUUUCCGUCCCUGUCCAUUUAAUGACCAGGAGCAGGUGUGUGCCCUGCUGAGCCAGUUCACAGAGCAACAGCAGAGCCAGAGGAGAGGAGCAGACCAGCGCUGGAUAAAUCAAGGUGUCUGUUCUCUGCCGUCUGACCGUGAUGAAGGCAGCAGCUGAAACACAGGCCUCUGAUCAUGCUAUAGCCAUGCCCAUGGCUGUCUGUAACUGAAAGUAGCUAUUAUUCUGUACCCAAUUCCAAAUCAGCUCCAAGUUGUAUUCAACUUUAAGGCCUUUGUACAACUCUGAAAUCAUAGGAUGAAAUAAAUCCACCCUUAAAAGCCAGGCAUAUCUUUCAUACUUAAUUUGCAUCUGUCUAAUAAUUUCUAAUCAAUGGAGGUUGAUUUAGAAUUGGGCUACAGACUCUAACCCACAACCAGUACCUUCUUUGCUCCCUUAACUGAGUACAGCCACAACUGGGGUAUUGGUGCUCACAGAAGCCUUACUCUAAACACCUCAGCACCUUAGCCAUGAUGAAUAAACAACACUUCCAUGUGGACACUUUACACCUGCAACAUUCAUCUCGGUAGCCUUAAAGAAGUGACUGAUUUAAUGCAGUCUUAAAGGAACAUUUUGUCUCUAAUUAUGUGCAUGUCUAGUCUGUGCUGGUGGACAAUGAAAUCCACAAAUCUACAACCAAUUUGAUGCCAAUUAAUCUGAGCAGUUAUUCUGACACGUACCAUUUUAAAGUCCUGUCCAGGCUCUUAAUGUAUGUGUAUUUCAGGCCUGUGUGUAGUGUGUUCUAAUAAACGGAGUGUAAAUUGUAAUUGUAAUUUACCCACUGGGGAUCAAUAAAAAUAUAAAUUGUUAUUAUUAUUAUUAUUAUUAUUAUUAUUAUUAUUAAUGGUAUACUCGAUCAACACUGCAGCUGGGGAAGUUGGCAUGCUUGCCAGGCUGACCGCAUAAAAUGUGUUAUGUACAUCCUACUGAAAUCAAACGCCACUGCUUGACUGUCAAAUGUGUAAACACUAUCAACAUUGCAUGUACCAGCAAAUACGCUAGCCACUUACAUAUGUUAUAACAACAAUGAAUAUAUUACUGUAGCACAUCACUGCCCGUGUAGUAAACGGCAUUUGUUUACACCCAGUUGGAUACUCUUCUCUCAUUCGAGUUGGUACUUUUUGUUUCAUAUUUGAAGAAGAUUUCAAGUUGUCGACACACUAUAUGUACAAAGUACCAAUCUAGCACCAACAGUGGAACUUAAUGACUUAAUGUCAAUUCCUUAAGGGUGGGUAGCAGUGAAGGAAAAGCUGUGAGUUGGUUCUGUCAGUUCCCACAACUCUGUCCUAGCCAACAAACCUGUUGCUGAGUUAUCUCUCUUAUCAGGCUGAGAGAACAAAACAAAAGUACAACAGACAAACCCUCUGUAGUUUGUCCAGAUAAGAUAAGCCAGGGGAA